AGGUCCUAUUCCUAUGUAUUCACGCGUGCGAACUUGGACCCGCAAUAUUUCCACGGCAUGCCAGGCGUUCAUCCAUGAUUUGUGCAAGCCGUGCAGAAUCAGUUACGACACAUGAGAUGAUCAACGCGCCUUCCAGCAACUUCUUCAAGCAACACCGCGCGUCGCCAUGUAUGCAUUGCCCGGCUGCAUCUCUCCCUAGACACCUCCACGGAGCCAAAUAAGCGCACCCACAAAUGCAAAUAUUCCCUGGCCUCGUGCCCUGCUAAAUGCGGUAGGGAAACAAUCGAUGGUCGACUAGCCAAAAGGCAUUUACCGCCCGCUUCAUCCUUAAAUAGCGGGGCGCCAGGGGGGAGUGAGGUCACCCGCCGCCCGCUGCAGCUUCUCUCAGCGCAUCCCGCACAUCUCCGCCUCCGAACGUCUCCCCCGCUUCGCCUCUGCCUGCAUGCAGACUCAAUUCCUUAUCACGGGUGUUGACCGGUCUGUGAAGCCAGACCUGGGAGAUACAGAAACAAGCCCUGUGUAUUGCCCAUACCAAUUCUGCGAGUGUGCCCGGGGGCGGGGAGAGGCAUUACCUAAUGGAUACGAACUUGUGGAGCACUUUCGUACUGUGCAUAGGUACGAGAUGCUAUACGACGGUCGGUAUUACUGCCCAUACACGUCUCAAGGCUGCACAAGCGCCUCAAAGCAGUACAACGCGACCAGGAUACACAUUUGCAGGCAUCUCGGGCUGAAGCCACUGAUGUGCGAAUACGCGUUCGGGCAGCAGGAUCCAAGGGGUCCCCAACCUGGUGUCACCACAUCAUGUCCCUUUCGUACCAGCGACAAUUCGCAUCUCCACAAGCACUACGUUAAGCACCACGGCUACAAGCCGCAAGCUGCCAAGGCGUACAAGCGGGCCGUUAAGAAUGCGAAUCCGACAGGCCAGGCCGGCGAACAAGCCGCUGAGCGACGAAAGCAGACCGUCAAAGCGCAGAAGCAAGCUGCUAAGACGCGGAAGAAGCAAGCUACAGCGUCCUCAUUCGUGCCGCCUGUGAUCGCGGGCAUCUCGAGCUUCCCUCCAAUCCCAGUAACUGCGGCACCUGUCGCCUGCAUCGAGCCCAUAGCAGCCCCUCAUCCUCCAGCAUUACAGACCCCCGCCACAGCGCAGGUCACUGGCCGAUCUGCCUCGCAUAGCGCCACCCGGGAAGCGUUCGGGCAUCCUGCUCCCGCUCACGUGACUUCGCCUUCACAGCCGUCCACGCCUGACUGGCAGCCGCCCUCUCCUCCCCCGAGUAAAGCGCCAUCUGCGCUCGACAUUACCUUCCAACAGCUGUGGAAGGCCGAGGUCACGGAAAUCAUGUCGAAUCCUUAUGUUUUGUGGGGCCCUGCAGCCGUGCCUGAGUCCGCGGAGAACGGUCUCUGGGCCUUCUCUCACGCUACCUUCCAGCACACUGCCGUACUCGCGCUUCGCGCUCUCAAAAAGAUGCGGGAUGCGGAGCCAGAGGCGUGGGAUGUCUGGUUCAAGCUCGUUGUCAAGACCUUUCCGGACUUCGCAUCCAUGACAGCCGACUCUCUCCUCGGGGUCGAAGGCACGGCGCACGGCGCGCUGUGCAAGGAUGCGCCUAACAGCGGCUCGCUCGGUGACGAUAUAUUCAAAUCUGAUGCGUUUGAGUGUGACAUGGCCGAUGUCAACAUGCUCGACGGUAGCGACAUGUCCGACUACGAUGAUAUUCUCGAGUACAAUAUGGUCGGCGACGGCGACACGCCCAAUCAUGACGGCACUCCCGGCCAUGACAACGCCCUCGGCCACAACGCCUAUAACCACCGCAUACUAUCCGACGACGAUAUGUGCAUCGACUAG